CCUGAAAAGAACAUGAAAUUGCAGCAUGAGUAGGUGCAAUGACUUUAUAUAACAAGAGGGCUAAAAUCCGUCAUAUUCUGGAUAAAACUUUUGAUAUAAAGUAGUUUAAUCAUACUAAUGCAGUAAAAAAUAUUUGAAAAAUCUCAAAACAACUUAUGCUUAUAUUUUUUUAACUUCAUCUGAAAUAAGGAGGUAUGCUACUGGACACUGCAAACUAUUUCAAUGAUUUUUAAGAAAUUUCAAUUUUGAAAACCUAUGAGGAUAUGAACUGCAUUCUUUAUACCACAAUACUUCAUGAAGAGCAUUAGCUGGCAUGAAGCAUUGCAGUUCAUACUCUCAUGGUUUUUAAACAAGAAGCCCAUGGGCCACAUUGCUCACCUGAGUCACCUUAACCCAUAUUUAAAGAUUUCCCCUACAUAUUCACAUGUAAAACUUUGAUACUUAUUGUGGCCCCAUCCUACCCCCCGGGGACAUGAUUUUUACAAAUUUGAAUCUGCACUAUGUCGGGAAGCUUUCAUGUAAAUGUCAACCUUUCUGGCCCAGAGGUUCUUGAGAAGAAGAUUUUUAAAGAUUUUCCCUGUAUCUUUCUUUGUAAAACUUUGAUCCCCUAUUGUGGCCCCACCCUACCCCUGGGGGUAAUGAUUUUGACAAACUUGAAAUCUCCACUAUGUCAAGAAGCUUUCAUGUAAAUUUCAGCUUUUCUGGCUCAGUGGUUCUUGAGAAGAUUUUUAAAUGACCCCACCAUAUUUUUGCAUUUUUUGAGAUUAUCCUUUGCAGGGGGCAUGGUCCUUCAUUUGAACAAACUUGAAUCCCCUUCACCCAAGGAUGAUUUGUACCAAGAGUAGUUGAAAUUGGUCCAGUGGUUCUGGAGAAGAAGUUGAAAGUAUGAAAAGUUAUCAGACAGACGGAUGGACGAACAAUGAGCAAUCAGAAAAGCUCACUUGAACUUUCAGAUCAGAACUUCAAAAUGUCAUCCAAGCGCCCUGCUGAGGAUCAGGGUGGGGGGUCCAGUUCUGGGCCUCCAGCAAAAAAGCUGUUGACGAGGUUUGAACCAGUGAGGAUAGGCACUAUUGGGAAUCUGGAAGAACUUGACUUGAAAGUUUUGAGAUUUCAAAACAAGAAGCUAGCUGAGAGAAUAGACCAGAGAAAGAGGGCUGAGGAUGAGUUAAAACGACGUAUUGACCAACUGGAAAAUCGACAAAGGACAGAUGAUGCUGUUCUGAUGAUUGUCAAUCGAUACUGGAAUCAGCUUGAUGAAGAUAUCAGAGUUCUUUUACAAAGAUUUGAUGCUGAGACUGCAGAUGAAACUGAAACUAAAAACGAAAGUGAUGAAACAAAAGCAUUUUUAACCCUUUUAUCAACCUGGGAUAAACAGGAAUUGGAGCAGAAACUCGGUCAGAGAGUGGAAUUCUCCAAGCGUGCCAUAGGGAAGCUGCUCCAGGCUUUUGACAGACUACUGCAGAGAAACGAGAAGCUUAACAAAGGUAUACAGGAGAAAGUUAACCAAGAAGUGGAGGAGCUUGAUCUGCCUGCCGGGGGAAUCAAGAAAGAACCCAGUGAUGUUAAGAUGGAGGUGGAUGAGAAGAAGGAACUGGAGGAAGAAUCUGGAGAGAAGAACAUUAAAACUGAAGAAGAUAUAGAAAGCAAGACUGAAUUGGAGGACAAAAAAGAAGAAAAAGAGAAGCCAGAUAUCAAGAAAGAAGAGGAGAAGUCUGAACCUGAAGUGCCGGUUACUGUGAAGAAGGAGGAGGCUUCUGAAGAAAAGCCAGGAAUUCUGUCACUUCAGGAUAUCGUGAAGGAAGAGCUUGCUGAACUACAGAGAGAAAAUCGUCGUCUUCACAAUACUGCCACUUCUCUUCACCAGAGACAUCAUGAACACACACUCGAGGUUGCAGAGCUGCAGGAUAAAUUAACAGCUGCAGAAACAGAGAUUGCUGAGUUGAAGAACAAAAUGGAUGACCUCGAGUAUUUUGCUAACUGUGCCAAUCAACAGGUGGACAAGCUAGAUCGACACUUGAAUGAUGCUAUGCAGAAGCUAAAGAGCUUCGAGGAUACCACCAUUGUUCACGAUGGCACCGGCAAAGGUGUUACUGGUGUGGCCAAGAGCAAGUUUGAUGAGAUCCUGUAUGAGUUGGAAGAACAGAGAGAGCUAGCUACGAACCGCUUGACAGAGUUAGAGAAACUCAGCAAAGAACAUCAGGAGGCUCUACAAGAGAUCGAAAAGCUGAAAAUGGAUCUGCAGCAUCUGCCAGAAAGUGUAAUUGUGGAUACCACGGAAUACAAGUGUCUACAGUCUCAAUUCUCUGUACUCUACAAUGACAGCAUGCAGAUCCGAACCCAGCUGGAUGAUACCCGGAAUUUACUCCAGACCAGCAAGAAUACUCAUCUCAGGCAUCUGGAACAGCUGGAGUGUGAUGAACUAGAAACUCAGAAAAAAUUGAGAGCCGAGUGCAUACAACUAGAAGAUAACUUGGCACAGGUUAGGAGGGAGUAUGAAAUGUUGAGGAUUGAGUUUGAGCAAACUUUGGCACAGAAUGAGCAAACAGCUCCUAUUAAUCAUGAAAUGAGGAACCUGAUCCAGAGUUUACAAAAACACAACCAGCAGUUGAAAGCAGAGGCCAGUCGCUCCAGGAGAAGAGCUCGUGAAAUUCAGGCUGAAAUGAAUAAGAUGAAAGCAGAAGGGAUAAAAUCAGAGGAAAAACCAGAACAAACAGAAAAUCAAGCAGGAAGUAGUGGACAGGGUGAGACAGGGGGGUCAGGAGGGGGAGGGGAACCAGGAACUGCCACCCCCAUCCCAUCAGUGACAUCUCCUCCCCACACAGGCAUCAAGACUGAAGGGGACCCAGGGAAAGAGGAGGACAAGGAGGAAUUUGAGUACAGGGAGAAAGGAAAGACUGACCUAGAGGUCAUCAAAGAACUUCGGGCUCAGCUGAAGCAAGCUCAGGCCAGUCAGAAGGAACUGAAACUGUUACUGGACAUGUACAAGAGUGCUCCUAAAGAACAGCGAGACAAAGUCCAGUUGAUGGCCUGUGAAAAGAAAUUCCGUCAAGAGAUUGAUGAUCUUAAAUCUCAGAUUAAAAGAAUGCAGGAGAAUGAGAGAAAGGAGAAGAGAAAGCUAGCAGAGGAAGAUGCCAUUAAAAAAAUCGGCAAAAUGGAGGAGAAAAUUACAGAACUGUCCAAAAACUUAGCAACUCAAAAACAGAGAGAGGAGGCCUUGUUGAGUGAGAUGGAGGUGACAGGGCAGGCCUUCGAGGACAUGCAAGAACAGAACAUGAGGCUUUUACAACAGCUUAAGGAGAAAGAUGAUGCAAACUUUAAACUCAUGUCAGAGAGAAUCAAAGCCAACCAGAUUCAGAAACUACUGAGAGAGGAAAAGGAGGUGCUGGCAGAUCAGGUGGUGACUUUACAGUCCCAGGUGGAGGCACAGAAUCUGGUGGUGCGCAAACUAGAGGAGAAGGAACAGAUUCUACAGAACACACUCGCCACCAUGGAGAAAGAACUGGGGUUAACUCAGCAAGCAAUGGAGAUGCACAAAAGAAAAGCUGUGGAGAGCUCUCAAACUGCAGCAGACUUAAAACUUCACCUUGACAAAUACCAGGCUCAACUCAAAGAGGCACAGGUGUCUGUAGCCGAGAAAACGGGGGCACUGGAACAAGAGUCCUUCAAGUAUAAACGCAUGCAGGAAGAGAUUGCCAAGCUCCAAAGGAAGCUCGAGAGAAGUAAGAAGAUAGAGAUGGCAGGAGCAGCAGAUGAGGUCCUAAUGGCGGAAAUAGCAGAGUACAAGGAACAACUGACUUGUCCAUCCUGCAAAGUGAACAAGAAAGAUGCUGUUUUAACAAAGUGUUUUCAUGUAUUCUGCCUGGAAUGUCUAAAGACUCGAUACGAGACGAGACAAAGGAAGUGUCCCAAAUGCAAUGGAGGCUUUGGUGCCAAUGACUAUCACAGACUUUACAUAUCCUAGCAGGGCACCUGUCAUGUGUGGAUGAGGUGCAUGCUGGGAGUAUGUACAACAUGGCGAUAGUAAAAAUUCCAUCCUUUUGUGAAUGUGCACCAUUUCUUGUUUCAUAACUUGGAAACAGGCAUGUUGUAGUAUACAAUAAUACUACAUGAAAAAACAUGACCUGUUUGUUCAUGUGUGCUAGUGAAAUCUGUGCGAGAGGUUUAUGUGCAGAAGUAUUCCAUAUAGAUCUGAUCUCAGAUUCUGUGUCGUGCAGUACUUUAGAUGUGUGUAAGGUGCACAAAUGAUGUCCUGAAGGCAUAUUUCAUACCACUGUAUCGAAGAGAUGUGAAUAAAUUAAAUUUUACACAAAUGUG